AUGGCCGAAUUUGCCAAUUUCGACGGGACUCCCAGCAGUCUGGGCAGCGAGACGAGCAAGAGAAAAGCUGCCAUCCUUGACAGACAUCUUCCAGAUGGAUACUCGGCCGAGCCUGAUGUUGCAUUUGGGCCUGCCGACCCUUCAGCGUCGGCAUCAGCUUCCGCCUCAGCUACAAAUGUCAACGAUGACUCCCAAGACGCUGUCGAGUCUUCGCUCCUUCUACAAGGUGGUGACAUGCACCGCGACAUGUUCAAGAUCAAGGCCCGCGCCAAUUCCCUCCGUCGCGCCGCUACUUUCUCUCAUCAUUCCACUCCUCGCCUUGCGGCCGAAGACGAACUGAGUCACUCCGAGCAGCGUGAGCCGGGAGGUUUUCGACGAUAUCACAUUCAGCGACGUGCCCGACAAAGACGCAUGAGCGGCUAUACAAUUGUGGCCAAGAACUUUGUCGAUUUCCUUGACCUGUACGGAAGCUUUGCCGGUGAAGAUCUCGAAGAUGCCGACAGUGAGGACGAGUCUGCCAUUGACGAUCGGGAGGACGGCGACGUUGAGCAGCCACCUGAGUUGCGACCUCUACUUGGACGAAGACGAAGCUCUAAGAGACUGCGAAAGACGGGCGAUGCUACAACUACAAAGACUUUCUUCACUCUGAUCAAAGCCUUUAUUGGAACCGGGAUCAUGUUCCUGCCCAAGGCCUUUCGCAAUGGUGGAAUUCUGUUCUCCUCGAUCACAUUGAUUGUGCUUUCCUUGGUCAAUUGCGGAUGUUUCAGACUUCUAUUGGACUGCCGUCAAAUCUACGGAGGCGGUUACGGAGAGCUCGGUGAAGCAAUCAUUGGUCCCCGGUUCAGAAGUCUGGUUCUUGCAUCAAUUGCAAUCUCCCAGCUUGGAUUCGUCUGUGCCGGUCUCAUCUUCACGGCAGAGAACCUAUAUGCCUUCCUCGAUGCCGUGACCGCCAACCACCGCGAGCUGAUGUUCAAUGUGCCCAGUCUGAUCGCUCUCCAGUUGGUCGCCCUUGUUCCUCUUGCCCUGAUCCGAAAUAUCUCCAAGCUCGGGCCCGCCGCUCUCCUCGCUGAUGUUUUUAUUCUCAUUGGCAUUGUCUAUAUCUGGUAUUAUGACAUCGCAGCACUCUCCCAGCACGGCAUGGACUCGACUGUGAAGCUGUUUAACCCCAGAGAUUUCACUUUGACUGUUGGAUCAGGCAUCUUCACUUUUGAAGGCAUCGGACUCAUCUUGCCCAUUCAGUCAAGUAUGAAGAAGCCUGAGCACUUUCCAGGCCUUCUCUACCUGGUUAUGUUCAUCAUUACCAUCAUUUUCACAUCAGUGGGAGCGCUCUGUUACGCGACGUUCGGUGAGGACACCAAGAUCCAGGUUAUCUCCAACUUUCCUCAGGACUCGCCUCUUGUCAACGCUGUUCAGUUUCUCUAUUCCCUGGCAGUCCUUGCUGGAGAUCCCGUCCAGCUGUUCCCAGCUGCCCGUAUCAUCGAGACAUCAAUCUUCGGAGAGCGAGCAACUGGAAAGAAGAGCAGCGCGAUCAAGUGGAAGAAGAACGCUUUGAGAACCUUUAUUGCGGGCGUGUGCGUAGGCAUCAGCAUUCUCGGUGCAAGUGAUCUGGACAAGUUUGUGGCAUUGAUCGGCAGCUUUGCUUGCGUUCCUCUGGUAUACAUCUACCCUGCGUUGCUGCAUUAUUACGGGGCAGCUCAAACCACCAGGGCCAAGAUCAUCGACAUCGUCGUUAUGGUGGUUGGAUUCAUCGCGAUGGUAUACACCACCCUUGUCACUGUUUACCAAUGGAUUGACAGCGCCUAA